UCGCUCUGGGUGAGAUCGUGGAACAGUAAGCCCCAAGUCAUCUUGACGGCUACGAUGAGCCGGAGGUCCAAACCAGGAGCCCGAGGGCAGCAGGAGAACGUGUCCUCAUGCCUACUUGAGGACCAUGAGAACCAGCAGGUGUUUGAGCUCUUGGGCAGGAAAUGCACGACUAUGGUCACAACUGUGGCCCAACUCUUCCUGGCUUUGCCCCAAGGCAGCAGAAAUUGGUCCAAGCAGGGCUGUGGAGUCCUGUGUUUUGUGAAGGAUAAUCCCAGACGUUCAUACUUCAUCCGCUUCUAUGAUCUAAAGGAUAGGAAGAUGACCUGGGAGCAGGAAUUGUACAGCCAGCUGGUCUAUAUUGCUCCCACCUCUUAUUUCCACACCUUUUCAGGAGAUGAGUGCAACGUGGGGCUCAACUUUGCCAACAAGAGCGAGGCACAUGCUUUUCAACAAAUGGUGGAAGAGAAGAUCCAGAAGAGGAACCAGAGGAUGGACAGACAGCCGCCGCCACCACCACCACCUCCUGUCAAUGAAGACAGAAAAGCAAGUCUCCUACAUACCCCAUCUCCUGGGAUUGACUCAAAUGGACGUGGUAUGCAGCCAAACUCUCUUUCAGUGGCUCUGCCUUUGGCAACUGUUGACAUCCAGAAUCCAGACAUCACGUUUUCCCGCUACCGUGGACUUCCUGUUCCUACUGCAGUGGAUAAAAAGAAGGGGAAAAAAAAGAUUUCAAAGGCUGACAUUGGAGCUCCCAGUGGGUUCAAGCAUAUCCAGCACAUUGGAUGGGAUCCCAACAGUGGAUUUGAUGUGAAUAAUUUAGACCCUGAUUUGAAGAUAUUCUUCUCCCAGGCGGGGAUCAGUGAGGCUCAACUGACUGAUGUUGAGACUUCAAGGAUUAUCUAUGACUUCAUUGAAGGCCAGGGGGGCCUGGAGGCUGUGAAGGAAGAACUGAGACGACAAGGUCCAAGUCAUCCCCCACCCCCACCCCCAAAUCGUUCUGGCCCUCUUCCCCCACCUCCAGGACAUUGCCGAAGUGGCCCUUUACCACCCAUUCCACCUACAUCAAACAGGGGAGCUGUCCCCUCCCCACCGCAGCCCUCUCGUGGACACCCCAGCCCUCAGUGGGGACCUCCUCCACCAGUCUCUCGGCCUGGAUCAACCCGUCCUCCACCAUCUCUGGCUGGGUCAGCUGUGCCGCCGCCACCACCACCUCCUCCUCCUCCACCACCACCUCCAUUCCAGAGUUCUGCACCAUGCCCCCCUCCACCUCUUCCCUCUGGAGGGCUUAGUUCUUUGGGGACUCAGCCUGCUGUUGCCUCCACGGGGCGUAAUGCAUUACUGGAUCAGAUACGCCAAGGGAUACAACUGAACAAGACACCUGAUGUGUUGGAACCACCACAAACUGCACAGAGCUCUGAGGGCCUGGUAGGGGCUCUUAUGCAUGUGAUGCAGAAGAGGAGCAAGGUCAUCCAUUCCUCUGAUGAAGAUGAAGACAAUGGAGAGGAAGAAGAGGAUGAUGAAUGGGAUGAUUGAGUUCAGAAGAAAGUCUGAUCCUUCUGUCAACCUGCUGCUGUCUGAAUUGCUGUUGGCAUUUAAUCAGACUGCUACUCUGUUGUUGUCCCCCUUGCAAUCUGUUCAGAAAUCCAGUAGAUGCAGGGGCAGCUCUGCUUUAGCCUCUGCAGCAAAGGGUCAUUAUUUUCCCAUCCUCCAGCAUCACUUAGGCCUAAGCAUAGUUCUCAUUCUCUUCCCUCACCUGUGCACCUGGAUGCCUUUGACAGUCUUAGAAAGUGAGGCUGUAAUCCUACCUCUUUCAAACCUUCACUCUUGACAAUACAACUUCUAAUCUCCUGUGUCUAACUUUCUAAGAGCCAUAUUAUCUUUCACUCAGCCCCCUCAUCAACCUUUCUUUUUCCUAGCCAUAUAAUCAUGUGUAUUUUUUCAAGUGGUUCCCCUUUUGAGGCUAACAUGCAGGUAUGAAGAUUAUAGGAAUGUAAGUAAAACCUCUGUCUUAUAAAAAAAAAACCUGUGCAUUGUUAAC